CAAUGCCUGCUGUCGCUCGUCCCAGUAGCCGCGCACCGCAAAAGCAACAGAAACAAAAGGAAAAUUCAAAGUCCCUGAAGAGAAAAAGGGACCAAGAAGAUCUUCAGAAACUGCAAAAUGCAGUCGACGAGUUUGAUCCAAAAUCCGAGGAUAACACUCAAUUCUCGAAAUUACCUCUAUCCAAGCCUACCGCUUCCGGUCUAGAAGCAUCGCAUUUUCAAAACCUAACCGAUGUCCAGGCUCGAGCAAUUCCUCUUGGGUUGAAAGGUCGCGAUAUCCUCGGCGCCGCGAAAACAGGUUCCGGAAAGACGCUUGCUUUCCUCGUCCCCGUCCUCGAGAAGCUCUAUCGAGCACAAUGGACAGAGUUCGAUGGACUGGGCGCUCUAAUCAUCUCGCCUACGCGCGAACUCGCGGUCCAGAUUUUUGAGGUGUUGCGCAAAAUCGGGAGGUACCACACUUUCUCCGCUGGCUUGGUCAUUGGAGGCAAGAGUUUACGCGAAGAGGCGGAAAGAUUGGGAAGAAUGAAUAUUCUUGUUUGUACGCCAGGCCGCAUGUUACAACACCUUGAUCAGACAGCCGGAUUCGAUGUCGACAAUCUACAGAUGCUAGUCUUAGACGAGGCCGACCGAAUAAUGGACAUGGGUUUCCAAUCAGCCGUGGAUGCGCUUAUAGAACAUCUCCCCAAAUCUCGACAGACUAUGCUUUUCAGUGCCACGCAGAGCAAGAAAGUUUCCGAUCUGGCUAGACUAAGUUUGAAGGAUCCCGAAUAUGUCGCAGUUCACGAAGCCGCCGCCGCGGCGACUCCGACGACACUGACACAACAUUACCUCACCACACCGUUAGCGGAUAAGAUGGAGACGCUAUACGGAUUUAUCAAGGCCAACCUCAAAAGUAAGAUGAUUGUGUUCCUGUCAUCAGGGAAGCAGGUCCGUUUUGUGUAUGAGAGUUUCCGUCACUUACAGCCUGGUAUCCCACUCUUGCAUCUACAUGGUCGGCAGAAGCAAGUACAGCGGUUGGAAAUCACGAAAAGAUUUACUUCAGCUAAACACACGUGUCUCUUUGCAACAGACGUAGUUGCGCGUGGUGUGGAUUUCCCUGCGGUAGACUGGGUGGUGCAGAUGGACUGUCCCGAGGAUACCGACACCUACAUCCACCGAGUUGGGCGCACGGCACGUUACGAGAGAAACGGCAAGGCGGUGUUAUUCUUAGACCCGAGUGAAGAGGAAGGGAUGUUAAAGCGACUCGAGCAACGGAAAGUGCCCAUAUACAAAGUCAACGUACGGGAAAAGAAGAAGCAGAGCAUUCAGAACCAGAUCCAAGACAUGUGCUUUAAGAACCCUGAUCUCAAGUAUCUCGGGCAAAAAGCUUUCAUCAGCUAUACCCGGUCUGUUCACCUACAGAAGGAUAAGGAGAUUUUUGACUUGAAGAAGUUGGACUUAGAUGCAUAUGCUGCUAGCCUGGGUCUACCUGGCGCCCCUCAAAUCCGAUUCCAGAAGGGUGAGGACGUGAAGAAGUUGAAGAAUGCGCCCCGUGCUGGAAUGUCGAGCGAUUCAGAAUCAGAGUUUGACGAAGACAAGGCAAAACGAAAGAAGAAGGGCGAAGUCCGGACAAAAUACGAUCGCAUGUUUGAACGAACGAACCAAGACGUAUUAACAAGCCAUUAUACUAAGAUGAUCGGCGAUGGAGAGCAAGGUGCGAAUGGUGAAGAGGAUGAAGAUGAUUUCCUCUCUGUUAAGCGAGUACUCCGUGGUGAUGAUCUGGAUGAUGCCAAUGGGGAGAAUGCCCCGGCACCGGGAACGAAAAUCAUUGAAGGGCUAGGUGGCGAAGAGCCAUUUGUUGUGGAUUCUAAGCGUAGAGAAAAGAUGCUUAAGUCUAAGAAGAAGAUGCUCAAAUUCAAGGGCAAGGGUGACAAGGUGGUGUUCGAUGACGAUGGAACAGCCCAUCAUCCGUACAGGAUCAAGGACGAAGAUGACUUUAUACAGGAUGGAUCUGCAGAGGCUCAGCGACAGAAAUUCGUUGAAGAGGAAGCGGUUAAGGUUAAGGAAGCUGAUAUCGACGACAAGCAACUUGCUAAAGACAAACGACGAGAGAAGAAAGAAAAACGGAAGGCUCGGGAAGCGAUGGAAAAUGGCGAGGCGAUGGGUAGCAUGCCGAGACUCUCAGCACUCAACGAUGGGGAGGACCCCUUGGCUUUCCUGGCGUCUUUGCCGGUGGCAGGAGAAGGGGGCGAAAGCGAAGCGGAAGAAGAGAAACGUCCAGCUAAGAAAGCGAAGAAGUGGUUCCAGGAUGACUCGGACAAUGAGGGACAGAAGGCUAAAAAUAGCAAAGGUAGAGGAAAGGUCAUCGAAGUCACUGAAGCACCGGAUACCCUGGAGGACUAUGAGGCGUUGGCUGCUGGUUUGCUCAAUGAUUGAAGAAUUUAGGUUUCGAUCAAUAUAUUGCCUGAUAAUGCAAUUGUCCAAUAAUAUAUAUGAUUGAAUUGACGAAAUACGUCAGCUUCUAGCUGUUAUGAGAGGGUAUCGGACACAUGUUUUCCGUAUUAGGCAUCGAAACAUCUUUCC